GAGUUUUGUAAAAUGAGCAAGUACUUUGCAUGGACUCACAAAAUUGGGAUGGCACUUGCCUCUGGCAUGCGGAAGAGCCUUGGUUUCCUACUUCACAUCAAUAAUAAUCAUUGGAUAGCCAUUGUUCUCAACUUCAUGCACAGUCAAAUCCUUGUUGGUGACUCAUUUCAACACAAUCUUGAUCCAGCUGUUCUUGAUAUCCUGUCAUGGUGGACACAUCAUCAUACAUCUUGCACAUUCACGACAACAAUAUUACCCACCACAGUUCAACACAAUAUAUUCUCAUGUGGGGUACUUGCAUUCAAUGCUUUGGCACACUACUUCCUCCCAGCAAAAUACAAUCUCAUCAACUCAAAUGCCAUCCGAGAUGAGAGGUUGAGAGUUCUAUUAGAGGUUGUCAAGCACCAUUCAGACCAGGUA